AUCAGUGAAACACAGCCCAGGCCUGAGCCUGCUGAUGUCAAACCACUUCUUUUAUAGCCUCCCUUUUACAGGAAGACAAAAGUGAAAUUAAAACAUUCCAACAUUCAGCUGACAAAGCUGUCACUCCUAAAACACAGUACAAUCAUAUAGCGCUUUACAUGGAAGGGGGGAAUCUCCUCAACCACCACCAAUGUGCAGCAUCCACCUGGAUUUGUAAGGCCAAGAGCCACUAUAGGGAGCCAAUGUAACUUAGUGAAGAGAGGAUUGACGUGCUGCAUUCUGGAUCAUCUGAGAGAACACACAAAAGCAUACAUGGGAACAUAAGUACAGUACAGAGGACUUUACACUGUGCGGGGGUUAAACCUAAAUGAUAAGAGGCAUUCUUCAAAUUGGGUCUUUUUAUUUUACUUCUGUACAACCAAAGAAUGGACAAUAAAAAAAAAUCUCAAGGCUUUCUUUCCUAUUUAUCACCUUUUGGAUUUCCAGAAGAAGUUCAUGAUGAAGAUGAAAGCAGUACUUUAAAAAAGAAAGGUAAGAAAACGAGCGGAGUAUUUCAUGAUCAUUUAGAGGAGAGAAUACGUCCGUUCAUUGAUCUUAUUGACACUCUGCGGUCAAUUGGCGUUCAAAAGGAACUGGCACUGCCAACUAUUGUAGUAAUUGGAGACCAGAGUUCUGGAAAAAGUUCUGUUUUGGAAGCGCUGUCGGGAGUUUCGCUUCCUAGAGGGAGUGGAAUUGUAACAAGAUGCCCAUUAGAACUGAAGUUGCGGCAGGUAAAGGGUGGAGUCAACUGGAGGGCAUUUAUAUCUUACCGUGAAAAGAAGGUUGAAAUUAAGGAUCCCUCAUCAGUUGAACAACUCAUUUCAAAUGCCCAAAAUGAGCUGGCAGGGAAAGGGGUUGGAAUCUGUGAUGAGCCUAUUACUUUAACGGUUAUGUCACCAAAUGUGUGUGACCUUACGCUGAUCGAUUUACCAGGAAUUGCCAGAGUCCCAGUUCAAGGACAGCCAGAUGAUAUUGGAAAUCAGAUCAAAAUUCUUAUCUUCAAAUAUAUUGAGAAGACUGAAACUUUAAACAUGGUAGUGGUGCCAUGUAACAUUGACAUUGCAACAACAGAAGCACUAAAAAUGGCACAAGAAGUAGAUCCUGAUGGUAAAAGAACCGUAGAUCAAAAUUCUUAUCUUCAAAUAUAUUGAGAAGACUGAAACUUUAAACAUGGUAGUGGUGCCAUGUAACAUUGACAUUGCAACAACAGAAGCACUAAAAAUGGCACAAGAAGUAGAUCCUGAUGGUAAAAGAA